GGCGUGUCGACAGCGUCUUGCUUUGUCCACUGACACUGUGCUUUGUAUGAGCAAAGCCCAUUCGACGUACCCAGCGAUCAGCGAAUGGUUAUGUGCUCAGCCUCCACAUGCAUGCAGAGUGCGUUGCUUAUCUGGCAGCGCAUUGGUCUGCAAUAGUUGACUAUGCACUCGUACGUAGAUCGUCGCCUUGAAAACUGCCACGAAGGAGCAUUUUUUGCUCGGUUCAAACAGCGCGGAAAUUUGGAAUCGCUUCCUCAAGAGUCAAGGCUAUUCCACCGCGCUUGCUGCAUGCAGAACUGAGCGGCAGUCGUGCCAGCCCGGACUCCAACUCAACCAGUAUCGGCGUGCUUGGACUGAGACUCUAGACACACUCCAACGGUCCAGACUGAAGUGCACAACCGAGAAUGCCUCCGAAUAACGACAAUCGAUGUUCUGGUCAAGAUGCUUCGAGCCUGAAGCCCAGUGGAGCCGUGAAACAACUGUGCAAGCUCUGGGAAGUGCCUUCUCCGGCUCCCCUUCCUAACCAACAAUCCAGAGAAGCAGAAUCUAGACCUGGUCGGCGCAGGAGUGUAAGCACCAGGAACAUUCCCGGCAGUCCUGGACCAACGGGUACGGGUAUCAGCGAGAUAAGUCACGGAAGUCAAGCUCACCACGAUGCCACUACUUGUGAAACACGUGCGGUGGCGGUAGUGGCGGGGCAGCAAAGCCCUCCAUCCAGCCCAGCAGCAUCCACUCCCCAGAGCGAUCCGGACCGGGACUCCGUAGAGAAGCAGUGCUCCAGUCAUGUCCAGCUCACAGGCAACACACCUGAUGGCUUGAUGCAGUCUGUCGAGCAACAGCAGCCGGAGAGUUUGUCGGAACAACAGGCAAAACUUGAUAAAGAGCGUGAUCAUCUGCGAGUCGAACGGAAGGGGCUUGAGGAUGAACGCCGUGAGCUAGAUGAGCAGGAGAAGGAGAUAACGAUUAAAAAGGAAGAGCUGCAGACGCAAAGUACCUUCCUUGACAACAGAGAGCAGGAACACAUUGACCAGCAGAGAAACCACCAGCAACUUCUGAGCGAAAACGAUCGCCUGCAGAAGAAGGUGAAGGCAGCUGAGGGCCGAGUCCGCAAGCUGCAGCAGAAAGAGAGCGAAUUGCGCAAGAUGAUGGGCAACACGUAUGGAAGUGUCAUGCUCAUCCACAUGCUGAGACGUGUCAUGAACGCACUUGAUGUGCAAGAUCCUUUUGGACCUCCGCCAGAUGAUGCUGAAAUGCCAGAAGCAGACGAAACAGCCUCAAUGGAUGUCGGCAGGUACAGGAAUAUUGUAUCAAUGCUCAGCCAGCAGCCGGAAGAUUCUGCAAUGAGGCUGGGAGACCAUCACUUGGCCAUGGCAACAGCGAAGGAAGACAUGCAGAGGCUCCAGCGUGAAGAGAAAGAAAGACAAGAGAGGGAAUUGGACAAUCACAUGGCUGCCCUGGCAAUGGCUGCUGAAGAGGAAGUUGACCAUGAGGCAGAACAGCAGCGACUGCGCCGCCACCAACAGCAGCAGCAACAGCAACAACAGUGACACCAUUAUCAACCCUGCUGCCACCACCACAACCAGUACCGCUAUCGCCGCCGCCAACAACAGCAGCAGCAACAACAACAACAACAAUUAAACACUGGCACCCACAACUGGAGCAUCAUCGCUCACUGAGCAAUGCCACCAGCGGCUGCAACAGCAAGCGUACACUGAAGCUAUGGUGGUGAGCCAGGCCUAGUCAGUUUUAGUGCCACUUUUAUAUCCCACGUACCCACAAAGGCAUCCAUGAUGCAUGUAUCACAUGUAUCACAUGUAUCACAUGUAUCACAUGUAUCACAUGUAUCACAUGUAUCACAUGUAUCACAUGUAUCACAUGUAUCACAUGUAUCACAUGGAUCACAUGUAUCACAUGUAUCACAUGUAU